AACUAGUCAGUGGAGUGACGUAGCUUAUGGGCGUGGACAUGAUACAACAUCAACAAAAAGAAAGAGAGAAGGAAACAGACAACAGAAGACGGUCGGACUGAAAAAUGUCAUAUUGACAUAUCGGUUUUUAGAUCGGGGAUUUUGGAUCUGAAAUCAAGCGGACAUGGAGGCCUUUAGACUAAUGAAGGAGCUAAAGACUAAUUUCGACCAGGAGAUAAAAUACCUUCCGAAGGAAGCUGGUCUAGCUCUGAUCGAGUCGACUCAAGAGAAUGGAAGAGGAAUUUCAGCAAAAUGCCGUAAUGCCAAAGCGGAGGACCUCUGGAGCUUGACCAGUUUCUUUGGUUACAGCACGCAGACCUUCGUCCUGGCAGUUAAUCUGCUAGACAGAUUUUUAGCCAUUAUGAGGGUCCAGCCUAAACAUUUGGCCUGCAUUAGCAUAGGCUGUCUUCAUAUUGCUGCCAAAGUGGUUGAGCAGGAGUGCAACAUUUCUUCCGCUCAUGAACUUAUCCGCAUCAGCCAGAGCAAGUUCACAGUCUCAGACCUCAGCCGUAUGGAGAAGAUCAUCUCAGAGAAGCUCAACUUCCAGUUCAAAGCCAUCACAGCCUUAACUUUUUUGCACUUGUACCACGCCAUUACACUUUCACAUACCUCAGACAGGAAGGAAGUCCUGAACCAAGACAAGCUGGAGGCGCAGCUGAAAGCCUGUCUUUGCCGCAUUGUCUUUUCCAAAGCUAAACCGUCCGUGCUGGCGCUCUCGCUCCUCACCCUGGAGAUUGAGGCUUUGCAGUCUGUUGACAUGCUGGAGAUUGCUCAGCGCAUCCAGAGGCACUUAAAGAUCUCAGAGUCUGAGCUGCAGCACUGGAGAGGACUUGUGGCCCAGUGCAUAUCAGAAUACUCCUCACCGGAAUGCAGCAAGCCCGAUCACAAGAAGCUGGUGUGGAUCGUCUCCCGACGCACUGCGCAGAACCUGCACAGCAGCUACUACAGUGUCCCAGAGCUUCCAACUAUCCCGGAGGGGGGCUGGGAUGAGAGUGAGAGUGAGGACUGGUAUGAAGACGUGAGCUCUGGAGAGGAAAGUCUGAGCAGCUCGUUGGGGAGCGACGCCGAGGGGCCCUACUUCCCCAUGCACUACCGCUGCCAAAGCCGAAAAACCCCUACCUUCUAAAUCGCUCUACACACAGUGCCUGCCUUCCACCUGAAAAAUAAUUAUUGUGAUUUCACAUCUUUUUCUCAAGGGCAUCUACCUGUGACAAAUCCACCAACAGUUUAAUAUUUUUUGUUUUGUGUGUUAUUUUUAUAAACUGAAAAUGUGCAGGUGCUCUAAAUCGCACAAGUCUGGCAGCUAACAUAACUCCGUCAAGGAUGUUCAAUACUUUCAUGUAGCUACAUCUUUUUGUUCAAAAGUAUUUGAUGCAUGUUGGUGCAAAUUAGUCACAUUCCUGGCGGUUUCAACUGUACACAUCCCAAGGUACAAUAGACUGUUCUAGAACAAGGACUGUUCUGAGUUCUGGGUGGUUUCCCAGCUCAGUGUGUACUUUGCACAGUUACCUUAAAUGAUUGUUAUCUACGAGUAACAAGGGGAGUUUAUGGUGCCUGGAGAACUGAGUCUCCCCUGGGUUAUAUCAGUGCAGAGAUUUCUAACUGUAUGCAUGGUGACAGUUUGUUUUGUGUACAUGUGUGUAAGAGAGUCUGCGUGUUUGUGUGGAUGGGUGCAUUUUUGUUAGCCAUUAUUUGCCAAGUUAGUUUAGGUCUUCAUUAGCCCUACUCUGGAACUGUAUGUGAAAAAUAAUGUAUGAUGACAUGAUGUCACACAAAAAAAACUUUAAAACUGUAAAAUGUAAAAAAAGCUGUAAAUUUGUAUAAUGUUAAAAAAAAUGUAUAGUAUGUUGUAGAUAUUAACUUAUUUAUUAUUUGUUUUGUUGGUUUCCUGAAAAUUCAUAUAAAAUACUAUUUUGAAAGUCAAA